GCUCAUAAUCAAUAAAAACAAGUCAACAAGCAUUAAGAGAUCGAUUUGAUUAGGCAUAAAAACAGAUAAGUCAGGUGCAAUGACAGCUCUAAGAUUACUGAGCCCCAAGGGACUUCAAUGUGCCAAAUUCUUUAGGCCGCCGCUUAGUGCUAGUAUUUGUUCCAGCUCUGUGCUCAAGAUGUUGACACCAGCUGCGGACAAACCACGACCACUACUAUACUCUUUUUGGUCAAGCUCGUGCUCCUGGCGUGUUCGCAUUGCACUGACCCUCAAAAAUAUCCCCUAUGAUAUCCAAGCAACCAAUUUACUGCGAACUGGCGAAGAUCAUGUCUACACCGACAAGUAUCGCAAAGUAAAUCCCAUGCAGACAGUUCCAUCGCUUCAAAUUGAUGGACACUCGUUGUGCGACUCUGUGGCCAUUAUGCACUACCUGGAGGAGACACGCCCAACGGUCCCAUUGCUGCCACAGGAUGUCAUGAAACGAGCGAAGGUCCGGGAAAUCGUAGAGCUAAUUUGCGCAAGCAUUCAGCCCCUUCAGAAUCGCUCGGUCCUGGAGCAUGUAGGCAAGGAGCAAAGCCUUGUGUGGGCUCAGCAUUGGAUUACUCGCGGAUUUCAGGCUCUGGAUCUGGUGUUGGCCAGAUCCGCUGGCAAGUAUUGUGUGGGCGAUGAGCUAUCCAUGGCAGAUGUAUGCCUUGUGCCGCAAGUGUUUAAUGCCAGAAGAUACAAAGUCGACUUGACUCCAUAUCCGAACAUUGUUCGCUUGGAUCAUGAGCUACAAAGUUUGCCAGCCUUCAAAAGAUGCCAUCCACAUCAACAGCCAGACUGUCCACCAAAAUUUGCUGGCAAAUAGGAAAAGACUAUAAAGAAUAUUUCUGAAAAAUAACAUUCUAAUCGCAUUUACAUAUUAAAUAAUUGUUUAAACAUUAAGAGAGA